GUAAAAAUAUUGGCCAUUUUAGAUUUCAUUUCCAUAUUGGGUGCGAUUGCCUAUUUCUGUAUUCUGGGUUGUUUAACUUGUACCGGGAUUGUUACGAGAGCAUGGAUUGGAAUUCAAUCGUUUUGUUCAUUCUCGUAAUUCUGGUACAAACAGAUGCUGUACGGCUUCAUACCAUUUUUCAGUACCUAGAAGGUUACAAAUCAAACUAUAAACUAAGAGGCUUCCUUCAUCUAGGAAAUGACUAUGCUGUUUUCGUGAGGCUUCCUAAGGCUCACGACAAAUAUCUCGUAUACGAAUUGUAUGAGUCCAAAAAAAGUAACCAUCACACCUCGCCCAGGGAUAGGUCCACUCCGAGAAUUGUAGCAAUAUCGAAAGUCCCUGUAGAAUAUCUGAAGGAACAACUGAAAAUAUACAGAGAAGAAUUGUAUAAAGCAAAGUAUGUAGACGCAAACUCUGUGCCGGGGACACAAGUUAAAAGUUUAAGAGAAUGGCAGAUACACCAAGCACUGAAAUCACCAAAUGGAACAAAACUAAGUGAUAAACCUAUUUUGAGGUCCUUGGUGCUAUAAGUUAUAAAAUAUGAUAAUAUUUUGACUACUAGUAUAAUAGUUACCAUAAUUUUAAUUUGAUUUGUUUUCACAUUCAUCGAUGUUGUUAGUUGGGCUAUAAUAAGAAC